AUGGAUCCCACAACGAAGCUCAUCAUCGACGAGUUCGCCCGUUGCUUCGACACCCAUGAGGAGCGGCGCUUCGCCGAAUUCGAGCGCACGAGUGCUGAUCGCGCCACCGCGGUUGAUCGCUGCCUUGCAGCACUAGAAUCCUCUGCUACAUCUUCGCCUUCCCUCGACGUCACGCAGCGCCUCACCGAGUUGGAGCUCGCCCACGCCGAGCAGGAGUCGACCGUCGCCAAGCGCCUCGCCGAUCUCAAGUCGAUCCGCGUCGAGCCCAUCACCAAGGACCACGACGCUCGGGUGACCGCGCUCGAAGCCGUCGCGCGUGACGUCAGUACCUGGCGCCCAGAACUUGAAGGCAUUGUCGACGACCUCCGGCUCCACGUCCAGAUGGUCUCCAAGCUCUACGACCGCACGGUGUUCGACGCAUCGUCGCACCAGCCCGGGGAAGAAGCCGGUGGUUCCAAGGAUGGUCCCAAAUCUGUGCCAUCUUCAUCAUGGAAAUCAGCUCUGAAGACUGCUCUUCCUCUUCCUCUACCACCCAAGACUGACAAGCCGGACCUUUGGGAGUCCUUGUCUGAUGGAGAUCUUACUGAAACUGUUGUUGAGGAUACUCCACAAGAACACUUAUGCCUGGCAAUUUCUAAGGUAGCAGUCUCUGGUGCUCCUGCUCAUCGUUCUGUUCAGCUUCUGGGCACUCUUCAGGGUUUGCCAAUCACCAUUUUGAUAGAUUCUAGCAGUACUUCUUCCUUUAUUAGUGCCUCAGUUGUGCAGCAGUUGAGCUCUCAGCCUAUAAUUCCAUACUCAUCUUCAGUCAGUGUUGCAGGAGGGGGUAUUUUGGCUAGUUCUGGCCUUCUCCAGAAAGUGGUUUGGAUGGUGGUCAAUCACUCUUUCACCUCUGACCUGAAGAUUUUACCUCUACAACACUUUGAUGUUAUAUUGGGAAUGGACUGGCUUGAACAGCACAACCCAAUGCAUAAGGCCUUCACUAAGCUCCUUGUCCUUAAUUACAAGAUCAUUUAUAAGAAGGGUGCUGACAAUAAUGUUGCAGAUGGUCUUUCACAACGCCCACCAACUGAUCAGUUGUUAGCUCUGUCAAUAGUUACUCCUCAAUGGUUGGAUGAUGUUGUAGCUGGUUACCAGUCUGACCCUGAGGCAUUGGACUUGCUCAGUCGGUUAGCUGUUAGUGGGGCUUCUGAUUCUCAUUUCAGUCUCCAUAAUGGCCUCAUUAGUUAUGAUGGUAAGCUAUGGAUGGGUUCUAACACUGCUCUUCAUUCUAGAGUAUUUGAUGCACUACAUUCUAGUGCUGUUGGCGGACAUUCUGGUUCCCCAGCGACUUACCACAGGAUCAGGCAACUCUUUUACUGGCCAGACAUGAAGUUUGAUAUCCUACAGCGGGUUCAGAACUGUACUACUUGUCAACAAGCAAAGCCUGACAGAGCUCGAUAUCCUGGGUUGUUACAACCACUUCCAGUUCAUCUUCAGCUUGGUCUAUGGUGUCCAUAG